CGCCGAUGUCUUCCUCCCCCUCAACUCCACCAGCUUCCAGCUGCGGCGCCGGGACGGGGACCACCCCCAGCGCCCCCUCUUCUGGGCCGAGGGCCAGCCGUCCUCUGCUGACACCCUCUUCCUACGGCUCCGCAAUUGGGCCUCCGUGGACAUCUACCAGCAGAAGUCGGAGGAGCUGGUGCGGCAGCAGCACCCGCAGUGGCCCCCCGAGCUGGUGAAGGAGACGGCCAAGCAGCAGUUGGAGCAGAGUGCCCGCAACUUCGUGGAGCAGACCCUGCAGCUGGGCAAGACCCUCCGUCCCAAUGGCUACUGGGGUUUCUAGGGCUUCCCCAACUGCUACGACGACGACUUCGACAGCCUGCCCUACACCGGGACGUGCCCGGUGCUGGAGCAGCAGAGGAACAAGGAGCUGCGGUGGCUCUGGGAGAGCAGCCGGGCGCUCUACCCCAGCAUCUACCUGCCCCCCUGCUUCAACAGCACCAGCAAGGCGCUCGCCUAUGUCCGGCCGCGCGUGGCCGAGGCUUUCGCCGUCCAGCGCGGCGUCCUCGACCGCGGCAUCCCCGUCCUGCCCUACUCCCAGAUCGCCUUCGACCACACUGUCGACUUCCUCUCCCAGGAGGACCUGAUGAACACCAUCGGGGAGAGCGCGGCUCAGGGCGCCGCCGGCAUCGUCCUCUGGGGCAGCCUCAACUACAGCACCUCCAAGGAGAUGUGCCUGAGGCUGAAGGACUACGUGGAGGGGCCCCUGGGCCACUACGUCGUCAACGUGACGGCCAGCGCCGAUCUGUGCAGCCAGAGCCUGUGCUCCGGCCAGGGCCGCUGCGUGCGCCAGGAGAACAAGCGGGGCUUCCUCCACCUCGACCCCUUCCGCUUCGCCAUCGACCUGCAAGCCGGCAAGCCCUGGCUGGUGGCCCAGAGCCUGGAGUCCGGGGACAACGUCUCCCGGCUGGCCGAGGAGUUCAGCUGCCAGUGCUAUGACAAGUGGCAGGGACCCCGCUGCGACACUCAGGGCUUUGCCGAGUGACCUCCCCGCCCCGUGCCGGGGACACCGGGGCGGGCAGGGUGACACCACCCCACACCCCAGCACCUUUGCCGUGGGGUUGGGAACCUGACCGCGAGGCUGCUAAUAAAACUGGUAGGCACCCGCAAGCGUCUCCUUGGCUUCUGCUGUGGCACGUUUUGGGGUGGGAGGGUCCCCCAGGGACACUGGUGGUGCCUCGCGAUGCUGCCAAGGGC